GUGUGGUGAGUUUAAACUCCUGGGUAUGUUUGACACUGAAGGACAAUAUUCUCCAUGAAUUAGAUGCGAAGCGUCUCUCAAGUGUCUCCAAAACUCCGGCAGGAUGGAGGCGUGUGUGGUAAAGCCAGAAGUCAAGAAGAAACCAAACCCGCCCAAGGCUCCUCCGAAGCCUGCAGAGGUCAAAAGAAAUGAAGCAGAGAGACCAGGUCCUGUGGUUCCUCCACGACCAAGAGAUGAUGAACUGAGUCAAACACAAUAUAGACUACAGAGCUCAGCAGUGGAAAACAAACAGACUGAUGGAAACGCGAAGCAACGAGAGACAAAAGAGAAACUGCCUGAAACUCCCGUCAUUCCACCCAGACCUACAGAAAAGGAACUGAACAAUGCAACCAGAUGCAGUCAGCGCAGGAGGGUCCAGGCUGAGGACAUGGAGAGCUUCAGAGAAACUGUCCAACCAGAAACUGAAGAAGUUCCCAGAGAUGAAGCCGACUUCAAACAGAGCAAUGAGUCAGUCUUGACCGGGAUGUUUCGACAGAGCCAUAAAGAGAAAACGCCGACGUUCACUAGUUACAUGAUCCACACCUUUGACGAAGAGGAGAAAACCGACGAGGCCCCAGUCAAACAGGCUCCUGGCAGCAAACCGGGUGUUCUGAAGGGAGUAAUGAAAGGGUUGCAGAUCAAGUCGUCACCAAAGGCCAGCAGAGACCCGAGUCCAGAUUCGAAGGCAGAGGAAGGAGGCUCAGAAAAGGAACAAUCUGCAGAAAAAAACAAGCCAGAGAAAAAUGCAGAACCCAAACAGGACAAAGGAGGUCUGCUCGCUGGAAUGUUCCGAAAAACACCCAAAGAGAAAUUAUCUUCUCCAGCAGUGAUGGUCAGUAAAGCAAACAGUGAUACCGAGCAUGCAGAAGAAGAAGGGAAAACAUCAGAACAGUCCAACGAAAAGGGAGGCUUCUUCUCUGGCAUCCUUAAAAAAUCCAACAAACCAGCAGAUGAGAUGUCUGCACAGGAGACUCUGAGUGCUCAUAGUGAUCUAUCUGCCAGCAGCGACAGUCUGUCUGAAAACAGGGAAAAAGGAAAAAUUUUUGGCGGGAUUUUCAAGAAGUCGCGGAAACCAGCAGAAGCCGCUCAAACCGAUGAGGACCAAGAGUCACUGCAUGGAGAUCUGUCCAGCAGCACUGUUAAUCUGAAUGAAGCUCCAUCGAAGGAGAAAGGUUUUUUCAGCGGCAUCCUGCGCAAAUCUCCUAAGAUUCCUGGAGAGGGGACACCUGGGCAGGAUAAAGAGUUGCAGUGGACUGACCUGUCAGCCAGCAGUGAGAGUCUGUCAGAGAACACCAAAAUAAGGGAGAAGGGGAAUGUUUUCAGUGCGAUGUUUAAGAAAUCUCCAAAACUGUCUGAAGGCUCCCGACUGGAAGAGGAUGCUGACUCUGAGCUCUCAGCCAGCAAGGAGAAUUUAUGUGAGAACAAACAGGAGAAAGUUGGGCUGUUCGGUGGCCUUCUCAAAAAAACACCCAAAGCAUCCGGAGACGAUGAAGCUGCAGAGGACAACGACUGUCAGAAGGAGCUGUGUGCAAGCAACGACAGUUUGGCUGAAAACGGCAAGGAGAAAAGUGGAGGUUUGUUUGGCGGACUCCUCAAAAAGACUCCUAAAUCAUCAGGGGAAAAGGUGGAGUCUUCGGACAGAGAAGCUCAGAAAGAGCUGUUGGGCAGCAAUGAUGACCUGUCUGAGAAUAGCAGCACCAAGGAGAAAAACAUUUUCAGCAGCAUGUUUAAGAAGAAACCGGCAGAGAGCGUCACAGCAGAGAAGGAGUCUGAGGGAAACGCUGAAGAUCAGUUUUCUGGCAGCAGUGAGAAUCUGACUGGCACGACCGUCCCGAAGGAGAAAAAAGGAGGCCUUGCUGGAAUAUUCAAAAGAUCGGCCAGCAUCGAGAACCUGUUUGACGAGGAGAAAGGUGGGCUGUUCGGUGGACUUAUCAAGAAAACUCCCAAAGCAUCCAGAGACGACGAAGCAGCAGAAGACAAGGAAAUGUCUGCAAGCAAUGACAGUUUGGCUGAAAACGACAACACAAAGGAGAAAAACAUCUUCAGUGGGAUGUUUAAGAAAACUCAGAAACCAGCUGAUGAGGAAUCAAACACCGGCGAGGACAAAAAAUUAUCGUCUAGUUGUGAAAACCUUUUGGAAGCAACCGGAUCUAAGGAGAAAACAGGAAGAUUUGCAGGAAUCUUCAAAAAGUCACCUAAACCAGCUCCUCGCUCCAUCGCUACUCAGGAUCCCCUCAGCGACUCAAAGCUCCUGUCAGCCAGCUGCGACAGCCUCCCAGAAACUGAACAGGAGGAUCUUUCAGCACAUGGUGAAUUGUUGGGCAGCACCGACGAUCUUAAUGAAGCUACAGGCGCCACAAAGGAGAGGAAAGGUGCAUUUGUUGGAAUGUUCAAGAGGACUCCUAAAACUGUGGAGCAGCAGGAAGGGGAAGGUUUGGUGGCACCAGAGGGAGGUGGACUGAGACGCAGGAGGACCAUCAAGAAGAAAAGACGAGUUGUGUCGUUCCGAGUCAAGACAACUCUUCCCAGAAUUCCCAAACUUAUUUUGCCUUCACAGAGUUCAGAAAAGCUGCCUUUGGUUCAAGAGACUGUUGAGCUGCAGGAUCUGAACUUAGCGCAGGAGAACACAGUGGAGGUUCAGCAGGUGGAGAUGGCAGCUUAUCCGACUCAAGAAAACCCAGCAGAAACUGAGCAGGAACCCGAUGAACUGAUAGAGUGGUGGAACACAGUCAAAGGUUGGACCGAGUGGAAUGAGAGUUCAAAUUUCCAGGCAGAGGAUGAAGAAAUGGCAAUGGAGCAGGCGGCCGAUCGAGUCUACAUGGCCGCCCGUCUCUUUGUGCGUCUCUUCAACCAGCGGGGGGCAUCCUUACAGCAGCGCAUCCUGGAGCUCGUGGCUCUGGCCGACGCCGCCGAUCAGUUCCACAAGAAGACGGUGACGGCAGCUGUGGGCGGCGGCGUGGCCAGCGUGGCUGGCAGCGUGGCCACGAUCACCGGCCUCAUCCUGGCGCCCUUCACCUUCGGUGCCUCCAUCAUCGUCACGGCCGUGGGGAUCAGCGUGGCGACGGCGGGCAGCAUCACGUCGGCAACGGCCAACAUCACCGACACAGUUCACUCCAACUUGGACCGGAAGAAGGUAGAGAAGAUGAUCCAGGGCUACGAGGAGGAGAUCAAGGACAUCCGAGAGUGCAUGGAGUUCGUGCAGGAAGGUAUAGACACCCUGGAGGAGUGGGAUUUCAGCAAAUACUCUGAAAGUGCGGCCAAAAAGGCUCUGAACCACAACAUCAAACACGUGAUGAAGGAGGGCGGCCGAGCUGGAAAAGCUCUGAUGAUCAACACCGACAAGCUCAUCAGCACCGUACAGGUUUUGGGCGCUGCAGGUGGCGUCGCCAAAGCUGCCCAGGCCAUCAGCGUCACCACCGGCGUCAUGUCAGCGCUCUUCCUGGCUCUCGACGUUUUCUUCCUCGCCAAAGACUCCCACAAGCUCCGCAAAGGUGCCAAAACCAAGUUCGCCGCCAAGAUCCGGGAGGUGUGCAAAGACCUCCAAGACGGCCUACUGGAACUGAACAAGGUGAAGACACAGCUGCAGAAGACGAUGGACGGCAUCGAGGUGGAGGAGUACGAGCAGAUUGAGGAGGUGGAGGUGGAGGUUGACGAUGACUUGGAGUCCGACCCCAAGAAGCUGGCAGAGCUGGAACAGGAGCUGGAUCUCCUGGAGGAGAAGCUGGACAAGAAAGUAGAGGAGGAGCUGAAGAAGGGCAAAGAGGCAGAGAAGGAAAAUCUGAAAAGUAAGAAGGAGAAAAAAGAGGAGAAAGUAGAAUCAGAGGAGAAGAAGGAGGAAGAGGAGACAAAGGAGGAAGGAGAUGACUCAAAGAAAGAGGAAAAGGAAGAAGAAGAAGAAAGCAAAUUAGAGGAAAAGGAGCCAAAACAUGAGAAGAGUGUCAAAACUUCCAAAGAAGAAGUUUUAAAAGAACAAUCUCAGCAAGGAAGCAAGAAAGACAAAGAAGCCGAGAAUAGAUUAACAGCCGGAAAAGAGAAACAUGAGAGCAAGCGAGACAAGACGAAAGAAGAAACCGGUGCGAACAAAACAGCAGACAGGAAGGAAAAAGAGAAAAAUAAGACGGAAACAGAGCAGGAAGAAGUUAAAAGCAGAUCAGUAGAUGACCGGAGCUUAAAAAUGCACCUUGAGAACAGAGAAAGUGGAAGGAGAAGGAGCAGCAGGGAGGAGAAGCCCGAGGGUAAUAAAGAGGAGAGGAGGCACAGCACCAGGAGUGAUAGAUACGAAACCAGAGAGGGUGACCGGACAAAGAGCAGGAGGAGGCGAGAAGAGGAGGAGAGAGGAGCGACGGACUGGAGAGCAGAGCUGACUAAAAACAGAGAGGACAAACCGGAGAGCAGGGUGGCUGACAGAGCCACAAAGAGAGAAGACCGCGGAAAAACGGCAUUGCAUCGAAGCCACGAGACAAGCAGGGAGCAUCCAGAAAGAGAGGCACCGAAGACGAGCCACCACAGGGGGGAGGAGAGGAGAGGCAGCCGGGUGGAGAGCACCAGGAGGCAGUUCGAAAGGGCGGGAGGUGGUGAGGUGGAGGAGGAGAGGAUGAAGAGAGAGGAUGGAGGGAGUCGGAGGAGGGAGAGGAGAGGAAGUGACAGAGAACGAGGACAUGAAAAUAGCCGGAGAGAAUCUCGACCUCGAUCCAACGCUCUGCUGGAGGACGGACUCUAUAUUUAGAUUCAUCCAUGAUAUUACCAGAAUCAACAGAUGCGCUAAUUCCAGUCCACAGAGAACGAAAGUCAGUGAAUCACGUCUUUAAGUUUUGGGUCAUCCCUCCAAAUUUAGGAAAAGUUUGCCCUUGACCAUCUCAUAUUUAUCUGAUUUUUUUUCCCAUGCAUAUUUAUGCUACUGUUCAAAAGUUUGGGGUCACUUCGAAAUGUCCUUUUUUUUGAAAGAAAAACAGUUUUAUUCAGGGAAGACAAAUUUAAAUUAAUCAGAAAUACAGUCUAGACAUUGUUAAUGUGGUAGAUGACUAUUCCAGCUUUAAACGUCUGAUUUUUAAAGGAAUAUCUACAUCAAAUCAAAUCAAAUGCCUUUAUUGUCAUUGGACAUAUGUACAAUGAAAAUAUGGGAUACAGAGGCCCAUUUCCACCAACCAUAACUCUUGUGUUCUAAUGAUACAUUGUGCUAGCUAAUCACGUUGAAAGGCUAAUUGAUGGUUAAUGGAUGGGCUAUGAUGGACUUUUGAAUGCAGUGUAUGUUGUUAAGAAAACGUGUAAAAUUUGGGCUUAUAGGUAAUAUUUGUUAAAAUCCUUAAAGAACGUUUGGUCAUGUCGAUUUCUUCUGUGGAUCAACAUUUGAAGAGCCAUAACUUGAGAAAUAAUGUAGUUAGAGUCUGGAAAUUUUGCAGGUUAAACGAUAUGUCCAUGUGGUCUUCAAUGGUUCAACCCAAACCAGUUAUAUGAUGGAGCCAGUUUGGUCAAAAACAAGCACCAAUAAGAGCUUUAAAAUGUAGAAUAUGGUGCCAGUAUUAAAUAUUGAAAAUUAAUUAUGUGACGUAAUUUCUUAUGGGACGAGUUUUUAUAAAAUAAUCGAAGCACUUUAAGUUGGAAAACCAUGAUUUUUCUAAUUAUAUGAUGGUGCAAAUUUGGUCAAAAACAUGUCCAAACCUUUAUUUUUCACCCUAAGAGGCUGCUUUUUUUUCCCUGUGAUUGGCACCAGUAGGAGCUUUAAAAUGUAGAAUAUGCUGCCAGUAUUAAAUAUUUAAAUUGAUUAUAUGACAUUGAUUGAAGUGAAUGAUAAGUUGGAAAACCAUGAUUUUCUCAUUACAUGAUGGUGCAAAUUUGGUCAAAAACAUGUCCACCUUUAUUUUUCAUCCUAAGGGGCUGAUUUUUAUUAAUUGGCACCAAUAGCAGCUUUAAACGUUGAAUGGCACGAGUCAUUGAAAAUCAUUGAAAUUACUUUGGUUUUUUUUUUUGUUUGUUUUUUUUUUUACAUUUGUAGCGUGUUUUAAAACUAUAUUAUUUCUCAAGCUAUGACAAUUGGCGUCAAGAAAAUAACACAAAAAUCGACAAGAAUCCACCCUCUUUAAGGAUCGUUACGUCAAAAACUAAUGUUACCUGUGAGCCCAGUUGUUUCACAUGGUUAACUCAAUCAAUAUUCACCACUUUAAAGAAAAAAUCAGUCAAAUUGGAGAUGGUCAGGUGUGGGGCAUUGGUGAAUUAAGGUGGAAUGACCCUUUUUCUCCAGUAUUACAGUAACCCAGUGGGUACGUGUACUGAUACAUUGCAAACAAGAGCUGCUAAAAGCUAAUUCGGCUAUUUUUAAUGGAGCAAAUACAGACUUCACAACAGGAUCUUUGUCUCAGUUGCUUUCGUUUUUGCUUCCCAGUGGUUUCCCCAUUUUCACAAAAAGUCAAACUUCACACUGAGCUAAUCUAAAAAAAAAUAAACAAGGCAGGACUAGCAGCUCUUCAUGCAUGGAAAAAAAAAGUCAAAAACUUCACCAAAGAAAACACUGCAAGUUUAAAGUUGCAGUGUGGAACUUUUGUUUCCCCCUUUUGGCUGUGAGAGUAACUACACAAACACUGCCGAUGUCUGUUAAAGGCUGCACUACGAAGCACUUAAAUGAAUCAUUUUAUGUAAAUUAAUUUUAGGUUUUGUUAAGCUGGCCUAAAAAAGAAAGCCCAGAUUUGGUGAACUUGCUUCAUAGUAUGGCCCUCUGGUUCAUGUAAAAUGUACCAGUGUGUCAGGGCAGGAGUUUGUUCACAAACAACAGAUUUUAAACUCCAGUAUACCGUGAAAUACAGAUAUCUACCUGGUGCUGAUAAGUUCAAUCAGAAUUGAGUAACUUGGUUGUAUGAGCUUGAAUACACCAGACAGUACAUUUGUUUAUAUGUAAAAGUCGUGCACUCUAGCUUUAAUUAAAUCGCCCAAACUCUUCUUGAGAACAAAAUCCAUUGGACAAUAACUCUAAUACCUAUUAUUAGGAUCCAUUUAAUGUUGAUUUUGGUGUUUUUGCGGCAUUUGUGUUACUCAAGAGUGACAACUUUUAGUUUUUUUGUCAUCUGCUGACAAUCCCAUCGAUCCACAACUUUUUUCCAGACUAAAACAUUUCCACAACCAUUGGAUUGACUUCUGUGCAGAUAUUCAUGAUCCAUAGCAGAUAUUUCUAAUGACUUUAAAGAGCCUCCGACUUUACUUUUAGCGCUGCCAUCAAGUCUGAGAUAAGACUCUAAUGUCUCAGAGGGAAGUUUGCUUUGAAUUCACAAUGUUUCUGCUGCUGCUGUGCAGUAACAAAUCGGAACACAUCUCGUAGACACCUGGAUUUAAGAAGUAACUGCACAAUAAAUUACUGAGGAUAAAUACUAAAAACACUAAAUAAACUGAAUCAGAUGCUAUAUUAAAGUACACAAAUAUUCAGAUACUUUGAAUCAUUGUAAUCAGCAACAACGAUCAACCCAACUUUUAGCUGCUCUUUGCGUUUGGUGCUAAUGGGUAAAUAUUAGCAUUCUAACACAUUACAUCAGGCACUUACAAAGAUGGUGAACAUAGUAAACAUACCUGCUAAAUAUUAGCCUGUUAGCAUUUCCUAUGAGACCAUGUUACCAGGCUAAUAUUAGCAUUAACCUUUAAGUGCUGCUGAAAACUCUUGAGUUUUCCUCUGAAAUGACUCUACUCCUUUACAAUGUACAGUCAUGGCCUGCCUCAGGGUCUAAAAAGCAAAGUCAAUGCAGGAGUGCCUUUAACCUGCAUUCUAUCAAAUAACCAGCAGGGUGUGACUCCUCUGGUUGCUAAAAGAAGUCAGGUUGUCUGAGAAAAUGACCCUUUUCUCACUUGAUUUAUUGCCUCAGUAAACAUUUUCCUCAUAGGUUUUUGGUCUCAAAUGUUACUUUAAAGUCUCCUUCAGUACAGCAUGGUGUUAUAUUUUUAAAUUAAAGUCCUAUUUAGAGUAAAAUAGACAAUGAAACCGGGUACAUUUUAGGCCAUGGAAACCUUGUGAUGGACAGGUUGCUGCCAUAUCACUGAAAGUAGUGUUAAAGCCAUCAACACAGUUUUUUUGUGGGUUUUUUUUGUAUAUUUUGUACUGUAUGUUUUGUACAGUGGAUAAAUAUACUGACAAGACAGUAAAAGUAGUGCACUAUGCAGUAAAUAAGGAGUGAUCUCAGACACAGCAGUAGUUAUUUUAAGGGGUGUUUUCACCCAAAUGACAGGAAAUAAAACAUUUCAAUUGUUUUAUUUGCAGGUUUUAAAUGUUUAACAUGACAUUUGACACAAAGCUGAUGAAUGGAUCUUAUUUUGUUGUUUACAGCUUUGAUAACCUGGAGUUUCAAAAAGCAGUUAGCAGGUUAUUCUCUUAUUAUUAUUAUUAUUCUAUUCUAUUGUUAACCCUCUGAACCCCAAACACUUUUUGGCGAUUUUUUUCUUUUGCUUCUGUCACAUUUUUACUCUCUGUGGGCUCAUUUUUCACUGCAAUACAAAGUCCUGCACAAUCUAUGGAACCAACCCUCCAGCGGGUUUUUGGGUGCCAGAGGGUUAAUUUAUCCAAGAGAGUUUCUGUUUUCAGUGUUGUGAGCAGCACAAAUGCUGUCACAUUCACCUCCACUGUUUUAUGAUGGCAACCGAAAUCUGCUACACAGACAAAAAAAAACAACAAAAAGACUACAGGAUCUGCAGGUUUCUCUGUAAUGUGGGUGGAACAAGCCUUUAAAAUCGUGACAUGUAGAUAUUAUGUUAUUAGACCAUCUUUAAAGUAAUUCUAAUGUGUGGAAAUUUGUUUGUGUGACUAAGAGUAUAGAUGUUUGUGAUAAUAAUCUGGAGUUUCCAAAGUCAGACAGAUGUUCUCGGAUCUUUCUUCCUUCUUUUUUUAAAUCACUGGAUGCUGAAGAUUUGGUGACUUUGGUUUGUUUACGCCACAAACAACCAGCAGAUUUCCAGUAAAACACAGUUCAUAUUACUGCUAUUGGCUCCUAAUUUUGUUUGAAAAAGAAAGCUAUUUAAAACCUUAACAUGUGUUACUCUACAUGGUGUCUGUUACUUUAUAUUAUUGGUAUUUCAGGGUAAAACUAUCAGGGUUGUUUUGAAGCCUUUGUUACAGAUAUGCUGCAUAUUGUUUGUCUAUCAUUGAAAAAUGGACAUGAAUCUGAGUUGUUAUAUUUCAAGAAAUACAGAAAGAUAUAUAAUAAUAAUGAUUUCACUAAUUAAAUCACCUGAUCCCUGUUUGUUUUAACGUCUUAAUGAUGGUAUACUUUAAUCUGUCUUCACCACUGAUGAUAUUUUAUAUGUUUUUAUAUGAGAAAGGGCUCUUUUCUACGGUGCUGGUUUCUUAUCAAACAAAUAAAUUAUUAAGAUUUAUUAAA